AUGAACUCCCACUUCCUCACUGGAACGCUUUAUAAUUUCCCAGCCGCAUGACUUUUUAAGCUAAAGCUCCGCCAUGCUGUCCGAGAAGACGCUCGUGUCUGUGGGGCUCUUUGUUGCGGGGUUCUUCUCGCUUGGGGAGGGCAUCAUCGGUGGCAGGGAGGCGGCGGCCCACUCUCGGCCCUACAUGGCAUCCAUCCAGGUGGCCGAGGGAGACCGCGUGAAGCACGAGUGCGGAGGCUUCGUGGUCGCCGACCAGUGGGUGAUGACGGCCGUGCACUGUCUGCCCACAGGGGCCAACGGCAGGAAGGUUGUCCUGGGCGUUCACUCUCUGAGUCUAGGUGAGGACACCAAGCAGACGUUUGACAUCCUGGAGCUCCACAAUCACCCUGAGUUCAACCCCGACAAUUACGACAACGACAUCGCUCUGAUUAAACUGGACCGCCCAUUCAACGCCUCCGAGGCCGUCAAGGUGGUGGCGUUCCUGCGAGCCGGCGGCGUCAACCCAGACACUGACGCCGAGGUGGAGACGGCCGGCUGGGGCUCCCUGGACAACCUGGGCUCCAGGCCCGACACGCUGAAGGAGGCGGUCAUCCAGGUGGUGAGGUCCACCCGGUGCCAACGUAGCGACUACUUUGGCAAGAAGUUCACCGACAACAUGAUCUGCGCCCACAAGCUGUGCCCUGACCCUUGUGACCGACCACACAAGAUGGAGGACUCCUGUGAUGGCGACUCGGGUGGCCCCCUGCUCUACAACGGCGUUGUGGUGGGUAUCACGUCCAACGGUGGGAAAAAGUGCGGCCAGAUCAAGAAGCCGGGCAUCUACACCAUCAUCUCGCACUACACAGAGUGGCUUGACGGCAUUAUGGGCCUUCGACCCGACGCUUGAGAUUCCACACCCACCACAAAUGCGACACCAACAACACAAUACAAAGCCUUAUGUAGUUAGCAUUACUUCCUAUUUUCAUGUUGUCUAGUCUUGGCUGUACAGCCAGAGAAGAAAGCACAGCAAUUAAUACAAAUGUGAAUUCCACAGAUUAUAGUGAGUCACGCAGAUUACUAAUUCGAGGAUUUCCUCUUCCUCCCUGGCUGCUCGCUUGCUGCUUCGUUUGUUCGCCCGCAGGGGAAAUCCAAUGCAACGGCUUCCGUGACAUAAUAAUCAUGACAAAUAAAAGAGGUUGGUUUUCCCAAUUCAGUUGAUACAAUUUCCAGCAGCUGCUGGGGGUUCUCUCCUUCACAGAAUACAUUUGUAUUGUCUGAGAAAAAUAAAAUAUUUCAAUAUA